GAAGGCGCGAGAGUAGCGAGUCCAUGAGGUUUGGAUCAAAAUAAAACAUCGAGAUGAGUGGAUUGCGAUCCGCGGUGAAACGAGUGAAGACAGGCGGACUAGAAACGGCAGAAACAGCAAAACCAACCCGGAAGAAGUUUAAGACAAGCGUGAAAAGCGAACAGUCGAACGGCCCUGUUCGUUCCUGCACCACCUACCACUCCUUCCCUGCUGCUGCUGAUGUAGCCCGGCUGAGGUGUGGGCUGCUCAGCUGGUACCACCGUGAGAAACGAGACCUUCCAUGGAGGACCCUGGCUCUGACGGAAGAAGAUGUCGACACCAGGACAUAUGCAGUGUGGGUGUCGGAGAUCAUGCUGCAGCAGACACAAGUUGCCACAGUCAUUGACUACUACAACAGAUGGAUGAAGCGUUGGCCCACGGUGUCAGAUCUGGCCGCUGCAACGUUAGAGGAAGUGAACCAGAUGUGGGCGGGACUGGGCUACUACUCACGGGGGAAACGUCUGCAUGAAGGAGCUCAGAACGUGGUGUCGGAGCUGCACGGCCAGAUGCCUCGGACAGUUGACUCUUUGCUGAAACAACUUCCUGGAGUGGGUCGCUACACGGCGGCGGCUAUAGGCUCUAUAGCGCUGGGUCACGUGACCGGAGCGGUAGAUGGGAAUGUGAUCCGGGUCCUGUGUCGUCUGAGGGGCAUCGGGGCAGACAGCACCAGCCCCGCGGUCACAGAAGCUCUCUGGGAGCUGGCCAACCUCCUGGUGGACCCAGAGAGUCCAGGUGACUUCAACCAGGCCAUGAUGGAGCUGGGGGCCCGGGUCUGCACCCCUAAAGGCCCACUGUGCAGCCAGUGUCCCAUCCAGUCUCACUGCCGCUCUUACCAGAAGGUUCUGAUCUACCAAGAGAAGAAGGUGGAGAAGUUCCAGGUGAAGUCUGACAACAAGUCUCUCCCUGACAUCGAAGACUGCGUGAACCAGGGGACAUGUGCGCUGUGCCCCUCUGAGCCGUGGGACCCUGACCUGGGUGUUCAGAACUUCCCCAGGAAGCCUGGGAAGAAGCCCCCCAGAGUGGAGCGAACGCUGACCUGUGUUGCAUCCCGACGGUCAGGGGACGGGGAGCCAGAGUGUCUGCUCACUCAGAGACCCAACAAGGGGUUGCUGGCAGGCUUGUGGGAGUUUCCCAAUCGUCUCCUGGAGGAGCAGAGGUCUGAGGAGGAGCAAAAGGAGGCGCUUUGCGAGGAGAUGAGCAGAAUCGUUGCAACUCCUUUGACGAAAGAUCUGCUGCAGUAUGUGGGAGAGGUGGUGCACAUCUUCUCACACAUCCACCAGACGUAUGUGGUCUACAGCCUGUGUCUGAAGGACGGAGACAUUCAGACUGAGAGAGGAAACACUCAGUGGCUCAGCAGGUCGGCUCUGCAGGGGGCAGCUGUGUCCACAGGGGUGAAGAAGAUAAUGAAUCUUUGCGACUCUGUGCACUGCAAACAAGACUCCUCAUUGAAAGCUGGAAAGAAACGUCAGCUGGCAGAGAGGAAGACUGAUAAAGCUCAGAAGUCCAGAAGAGCAAAGCCUGGCGCAGCAGCCGACGGGAGGCGACAGCUCUCUCUCAGCUCUUACUUCAAGUCUGUCAAGGAGGAGUCUGUAUGAAAGUUCUCCACUUUGACCUUUUAUCUAGUUUCUUAACCUUCCAGCAGAUAGAGGGCCUCUGCUGCUUUUUAGAGCAAUGUCUGUCGUGUUUUUAAAGACUCCAACCUGCCU